AAACAAAAAGCAUCUAAACUUCAAAAGCAGGAAAAAGAAAGUACAAAAAAGAGAGUAAGAUCCAAGAUGUCGGGAAUAAAGGGAGUUAACUUCUCCCAAUACAGUGUGAACCCCAGUGCUAUGGCCCAUGGCCCUGCCUACCUGCCCUCAGAGGGGAUCAUCAAGGAUGUCAUCAUUAGAGAUGCUGUGUCUGUCUCUAGUUCAGAUGGAGAGAUGGUUCUACUGCAUGAUAAGGUUUGCCUGAAUGAUGGUGUGGAGGUGUGGUUACAGAGACUGAGAGAUUCCGUGGCCAAGACACUGCGGGAACUGAACAUCAGCAUCAUACAGGACUGUAAUAACGGGGUCAUGAUGGACGAAUGGGCAUCCAAGUACCCAGCACAAGUUUGCAGAAUAGGAAUGCUGUAUUACUGGACCAGAGAAUGUGAUGCAGGGAUAGGGGAACUCAAGUAUGACCGCAAGGCACUGCAACAUAACACCAUGAAGAAGUACCAGGCUUCCACAGCUAAACUGACCACUGAAGAUGGGGCCAAAAUGGCCACUGUCCUGACUAAAGGAGCGUGGAGGACUCUGGAGGACCCUAUGUUACCCCUCCACAAAGCCAGGCUCGAGUCCAUGAUCGCUCAAUCCCUUUAUCUAAGAGAUGUUCUAGAGAAUAUGUGCAACAGAAAGUCUUUGAGAGAACCCACAGAUUUUGAGUGGAGGAGGUGCAUUAGAUGUUACUUUCACCCUGUUGCUUCUUCAGGAAAACAAAACACACGAUUGAGUUUGAGUG